AUGGAAAAAGUAAAAUGGGCAACGGAGGGUGAACGGAAUACCAGGUUUUUUCAUGCCUGUCUUGCCUUAAAGAGAAGUAAGCGAGUUCUUAGUAUGCAGUCGAAUGAUGCAGUGUUUGAGUCUCCAAAGAGCAUCCACCAAGGUGCAGUUGAUUAUUUUUCUUCUCUUUUACAAGGUGAGCCAACUUCUGAGCACCCUAAUUUUGAUGGACUUAUUGAUCCGGUUAUUUCUGAUGAGGAGAAUGCCUCUUUGCUUUGUGCUCCUUCAUUGGAGGAAGUAUAUGCUGCUUUUUCCUCUAUUCCGGUUAACAGCCCUCCUGGUCCUGAUGGUUUUGGGUCUGGAUUUUAUAAACGUUGCUGUUUUGAUAAGUUCCGUCCCAUCAGUCAUUGUUCGGUAUUUUAUAAACUUUGCUCCAAAAUUAUUGUCAACCGGUUAACUGGCUUUCUGCUUCGUCUAGUAUCAAUGGAACAAGGAGCCUUUAUUCCAGGUAGAAGUAUUUUUGAGAACAUAAGUCUCAUUCAGGAAAUGGUUCAGUCUAUUAAUAAGAGGAAUCAUGGUGGCAAUAUUAUGUUAAAAGUAGAUAUGGCAAAAGCUUAUGAUCGUGAGAUCCUUACCCGGAUGAUUCAUCGUAGUGUGGCUGAGCAUAGAUUUGGGCAAUUUCAACAGGGAAGAGGUACGCCUAUUAUUUCUCAUUUGAUGUAUGCUAAUGAUGUGGUUAUUUUCUCUAAUGGGAGCCAAAGAUCGGUUCGGGAGCUCCUAAGUAUUCUGGGACAAUAUGAAGGAUGGUUGGGACAAGCUAUAAAUAAACAAAAGUCUACUGUGUUUUGUUCUAGUAAAAUUUCCCAUUCUCGGAAGAGGCGUCUUCUCCGCAACACUGGUUUUGUAGAGGGUCAUUUUCCCCUCAAAUAUCUUGGAGUGCCCAUUAUACUGGGUCGUCUUAAGCAAAUUCCUCAAGUUGUCAUAAAUAAGAUUCAUCAAAUGAUGAGUUCAUUUUUUUGGGGCGAGUCGAAUGGGAAGGAUAAGAAGAAAUGGGUAGCUUGGAAACAUAUGGGUAUGCCUGUGGCAGAAGGCGGUAUUGGGGUGAGGCUUCUCCAUGAGGUUCAGACAGCCUUGCACAUGAGGUUUGCCUGGAAUCUUCUACGAGGUAAUUCUCUCUGGGCCAAUUUUUUGAAGGCUAAAUAUGUGGGAUUGAAACCUUGGUUAUUAAUAGAUGAUGCUAAAGGUUCAAGAUUCUGGAGAAUGAUUGCUCACUAUAUUCCCUUGGUUUUGAAUAAUUCUAAAUCGAGAGUUAAAGAAGGAGAUAUUUAUUUUUGGUAUGAUAAAUGGCGUGAUAAUGGCCCUUUGAUAAAUGAAUUGCCUCUUGUGGGUCAACCUUUGAUGAAAAUCAAAGAAUGCCGUUUGUCUGAUGGAUGGGAUGUGAACUUGCUUGAAAAUUUAGCGGGAUUAGAGAAUGUUGACGAUAUCCUUGUCUCCUUAUCUGGUCCUAAUUCGGGUAAGGAUGUUCUUGUCUGGACCCAAACAGAGGAAGGGUUGUUUUCAGUUCAGUUUGCAUGGCAGUGUAUUAGAGUCAAAGGAGCUUCUUUUGAAUGGCAUUCUUGGAUUUGGCAUAAAAGUCUUCCAUUGAAAAUGUCUAUUCAUUUCUGGAAGGCAUGGCAUAGGGCUUUGAGUGUGGAUGAUAGGCUGUGUAGUGUUGGUAUUCCAAUUGUUUUCAAAUGUGAUUGUUGCUUUGCUGGUCACUAUGAAGACAUAAAUCAUGUUCUCUUCGAGGGUGAUUUCCCAAAAAAAAUUUGGUUAACUUUCUCUAAUCUAUUUGGGUUACCAAUGGGUAGAAAUUGGGAACAACAUGUUUCCUCUUGGUUCCGGUGUGCUAAGUCAUCUUCUCAGGUGGGAGUUAUUAUGGGCCUCAUGCCUGUCAUUAUUACCUGGAGACUUUGGAGGUGA